AUGACUGCCUCGGCUAUUCCCUCACUUCCCGCCGGAGAUUCUCCUGACCUCGUCUUGGUCCGCGCUACAGCGGAGGAGCGCAUUGAAUGCCUCAAGCUCAACAGCAUUGCAUGGAAAGGCCCUUUGGAUCUCGACGCAUAUAUUUCCCGUGAGAAUCUUCUCCUUAACCAGUCGUUGACUCGCGACAGCCUAACAAUCUGGAUCUUGGUGGAUCGUUCCGAGCCAGAGGGUAAACGUACGAUUCUCAGCGCAUGCGAAACAUACAAGAAAAGGGCAUUGUUAGCAUACAACGGGGCGCUGGAAGACGUAGUUACACAUGGUAUUGGAUGUGUCUACUGCCGGGCUGAGUUCCGGGGUAAAGGCUACGCUAAACGCAUGUGCGAAGAGCUGGGUAAGAAGCUUGAAAAGUGGCUGGUGGAAGAACAGCCGAGGGGUAGAUCGUUGUUCUCUAUUCUUUACUCGGAUAUUGGAAAGAAGUUUUACACGCAGUUGGGGUGGAAGCCGUUUCCUUCUGCACAGUUUUCUUUGCCGGCUGCUUCGGCCGCUGGAGCUGCGAAGUCCAAGACGAGGGAUUUAUUUCCGACGGAUGUGAAAAGUUUCAUGUGUAAUGAUACGGUCAUGACUAAAGUGCGAGAGGAAUUGCAGACUGCUUCGCAGAAGUCGUCUAAUGUUCAAGUUGCGGUUAUUCCUGAUUUCGAUCAUUUCGUGUGGCACUGGGCCCGUGAGGAGUUCACGGCUCAGAAGCUUCUGCAGCGCUCCCAACCUGUCAUCAAGGGUGCUGGGAACGAUGAUGCUCGUGUAUAUGCCGUGUGGAACCGGAACUUUGGUGAAUCGCCCGAGAGUAAUAUCUUGUACAUCUUGCAUUGGGUAUAUGAUGAGCCCAAGUCAGUUGAGGAGGAGAGCUCAUUGGUCCAGGCUAUUGUUGGAAUCCUAGAGCGCGCCCAGGAGGAGGCACAUGAGUGGGGGCUGAGCAAGGUCGAGUUCUGGAAUCCGUCACCACUGCUGCAAAAGGCAGUGGCGAAGCUAGAUCCAAAUAUCCAGCUUGUGCACCGUGAGAAGAGCAGUAUUUGCAGUUUGCGGUGGACGGGAGCUGAACAUGGACUGAGCGACGAUGUGGAUUGGCUCUUUAAUGAGAAGUUUGCGUGGUGCUGA